AUGCUAAAUAGCGACCGAACUGCAGAUUUUUUUAAUUUUGUGGAGAAAUAUGAUAGCACAAGAAGCGAGGGAAGGAUAGGGAAUACUGGCCAAUCGAGCAGAUACUCUAAUUCAAUUCAGGGUAGUCAGUUUAAUUUGUUGGCAUCUGAAAUCAGCCAAGAAAUGAACUCUACAUCUUUAAAAAUAGAAGAAUUGAAUAGGAUAGUUAAACAAAAAGGGCUCUUUAGGGAUAGAACCAGCCAAAUUCAUCAACUUACUGAGGAUAUAAAGACAAGCGUAACAGAAUUAAAUUCCAGACUCGAAGUCUUACAGCAACAUGCCCAACAAGGGUUUCCCUCAUCCGGAGGAUAUUAUCAGAGUAGCCAACAUUACAUCACGAUGGUUGAAACUUUAAAGGCACGGAUGCUUGAUAUUACACGAGACUUUAAAGAUACACUUCAGAAAAGAACAGAGGUAAUUCAGCAACAGGAUUGGAGAAGGAAUCUGUAUUCAUAUUCAUCCAAUUCAAAUCAGCUUCCUGGUAUAACUGGGAGUUCAAUGGGAGAAUCAAAAGUUUCUUUUAGUAGUGGAACAAAGUACUCUAAGAUGAGUAGAGUUCCUUUCGAUAUAGAAAGUGGUGAACAUGGUAUGGAACAUGGAGGAGGUACUGGGUUUGAAUUUGGAGGAGCCCAGAGUAUGAUGCAGCACCAAAAUCAAUCCUUUUCUUAUGCAAGAUCAAGGGCAGAGGCAGUGGAAAAUGUACAAAGGAUGAUUGGUGAACUAGCACAAAUUUUCCAGAAAGUUGCAGGAAUGGUCACCCAACAAGAGGAAAUGAUUCAGAGAAUAGAUGAAGAUAUUACAAAUACUUUUUCUAAUGUUGAGCAUGGCCAUGCAGAACUUAUAAAAUAUUAUAACUAUGUCAAAUCCAACAGAGGUUUGAUUAUCAAGCUAUUUUUGCUAUUAAUUGCUUUCAUAAUCUUCUUUGUAGUCUUCCUUACUUAA